CAGGCGGCCGCUGUAGGCCCGAGAGGCGCGGCCCGGCCGCCGGCCGCAUGGGGCGCAGCGCGGCCCGCGGCUCCGGGGCGGCGGCGGCGUUGGAGGCGGCGGCGCGCGGCUCGCUCACACCAACCCCCUUCCCGCCGUAGCCCCGCCGCAGCCCGCAGCCCCGCGCACCCCAGCGGGAGCGGAGGACCGCGGGAAGCAUGCAGGCGCGCCGCCUGGCCAAGCGCUCCAGCCUGGGCGGCCGCCGCGGGGGCCCCGCGCUGCACCCGCCGGGCCCGGCGCCCGAGAGCGGGAGGCCGCCGCUGCCGCCGCCGCCGCCCCCGCCGCCCCGGAGCGCGGGGCCCGGCCCCCCUCGGGCCGCCUUGUCGCCCGCGCUGCUGCUGCUCGGCGAGGAGGACGAGGAGGAGGAGGGCGCGGGCCGGCGGCGGGGGCGCGGGCGGCUGCUGGAGAGGCCCCGCGGGGGCGCGGAGGACGGGGACGAGGACGAGGACGAGGACGAGGAGGGAGUCAUCGAGGUGGACGGCGACGAGGACGAGGACGGCGAGGAGCGCUUCCCGCCGCUGGGCCCUGGCCGCGCGGUCCCCAGGGGCCUGGCGCGGGGCGCGGGGAAGGUGGGGAGCAUUAAGCGGGACAUGACCUUCACGUUUCACCCGGAGGACCUAAAACGGGACUUGAGUAAAAAACUGUCUCAUCAGCCCUGGUUCCCCUUGGCCAUGGAGGAAGACGUGAAAACCGCCGACACCAGGCCAGCCACCCGAGGCCCGGACCAUGACAGGGAAAACGCCCGCUCCAUCUGUCUCCUUGAGCAGAAGCGAAAAGUGGUCUCCUCCAGCAUCGACGUUCCCCCGGCCAGGAAAUCCUCGGAGGAACUGGACAUGGACAAGGUGACAGCAGCAAUGGUACUCACCAGCCUGUCCACAAGCCCUUUGGUUCGAAGCCCUCCUGUGCGGCCGAAUGAGGGCAUGAGCGGAUCCUGGAAGGAGGGCGGUGCCCCGUCCAGCAGCUGCAGCAGCGGCUACUGGAGCUGGAGCGCCCCCAGCGACCAGUCCAACCCGUCCACACCGUCACCGCCGCUGUCCGCCGACUGCGCCAAGCCCUUCCGCAGCCCCGCGCCCGACGACGGCAUCGACGAGGCCGAGGCCGGCAACCUGCUCUUGGACGAGCCCAUCCCCAGGAAGAGAAAGAACUCCAUGAAGGUGAUGUUCAAGUGCCUCUGGAAGAACUGCGGGAAGGUGCUGAGCACCGCGGCCGGGAUCCAGAAGCACAUCCGGGGCGUCCACCUCGGGCGUGCUGGGGACUCUGAUUACAGCGAUGGUGAGGAGGACUUCUACUACACGGAGAUCAAGCUCAACACGGACGCGGUGGCGGAUGGACUGGGCAGCCUGGCCCCGGCUUCGCCCUCCCAGUCCCUGGCUUCACCUCCCACCUUCCCCAUCCCGGAUUCAAGCAGAACAGAAAGCCCUGGUGCCAAAACCGAGACUAAACUGAUGACGCCCUUGAGCCGCUCGGCCCCUACCACCCUCUACCUCGUGCACACCGACCACGCUUACCAGGCCACGCCCCCCGUGACCAUCCCAGGAUCGGCCAAGUUCACCCCCAAUGGCAGCAGCUUCAGUGUCUCCUGGCAGUCUCCUCCAGUUACCUUCACAGGCAUUCCAGAAGCCUCGGGGAGAGGGCAAGAAGUGCCGGAAGGUGUACGGCAUGGAGAACCGGGACCUGUGGUGCACCGCCUGCCGCUGGAAGAAGGCCUGCCAGCGCUUCCUGGACUGAGGGGCUCGGCCACUGGGCUCAGCCACCAGGUCGCGGCCACCAGGUCACGGCCACCAGGUCGCGGCCACCCGGGCUGUGGUGCACGGCCUGCCACUGGAAGGCCUGCCAGCACUUCCUGGACUGAGGGGUGCAGCUGUGGCCACUGGGCCUCCCGCCCUCACCGCCACGGCAGCUUCGGGAAAGCGCUCUUCCUUCAAACAAAACACACCUGAAGCCCAGGAAAAGCGCGUCCAGGAGGCCUGGUGGAAUUUCAGAAGAAAAAAGGCCACAUGGCCCGGUGCGCUCAGAGCCGCUUCCUGUGCGCGAGAGGGAGUCCCCGUCCUCUGCCGGGUCAGGCCUGGAAGCGGUGGUCUCCGCAGCACUGGGUCCCACGGAGCCAUGUUCCCCGGGAGGAGGCAUAUUUUGAUGAGCUUCCUGAAAAAUGCCGUUUCGGGGUGGGGGACACCCAGGGGAAGCUGCGGGUGACUGUGGCAUUUGUGUCAGGACAAGACUUGCUUUCCUGGGUCUUCCCCGUUCCCAUGGACUUCUUGAGCAGCUCUGGCAUCUUUCCCGUGUCUUUCCUGUUUGUUUUGUUUUGAAGAAUGGCCCUGCUUGGAGGAGUGCGAGCCUGCAGGCCCGAUGGCGAGUGGGAUCACCAGCCGACCGCAGCUCCCAGCGGCUCCGAGGGAACACCUUGAAGUCUUCCUGGGACCUGGAGAGCCCUUUCCCGGCUCCUCUGCGGCUCAGCCCCGCCGACCCGGCGGGGAGGCCGGGAGCCUGGCGCUCCUUCCAGGCAUGUGCAGCUGGGGCUGCGGGCCGCCGCUGGCCUGGCCAAGCCGCUGCCGGUGCACCGGGCACCGGGCUUUCCCUCCAAGCUCCCACUGUCUGUCUGAGCAAAGGCCAAGAACUCGAGCGGGCCCCGCGGUUUGCUCUGGACGGCAGAGCACAGCCUCCGGGCUGUCUGUUCGGAAAGCGGCGAGGUCGGCCAACCGACCGGUUCUGUGCACUUUGGUAGGUUUUAUGCUUUAGCGCGUCUGGGGGACGGGUUCGUGAGCAGUCUAAGCGCUUUAUGGGUAAAAGGGAAAAUCCAAACCUUUGUUUUGCUUGUAAAAAUAGUGGAGCUGUUUGUCAGGAAUUGGCUCAGAAGGGAACCUAGAGACACCAAAGGAACAUGCAUUGUAGGGCGCUCUCAGCUUCGUAGGGCGGCUGGUGCUGUGCUCGCUCUCCAGGCUCUCUGGCCUGGCGGGUGGCGGUGCUGGUGGUGGUGGUGGUGGUGGUGUGAGGAGAGGGGAGUUGUGUCACGCCCUAUAGAUUCCUACCCCCUCCCGAUUGCCCUGGAAGGAGUCACUUCCCCGCUCCCUAUGCAAAGAGGUACCAGCACCUUACGGAUGACUGUGAGCCGGGAGCGGGGUCAGCACAGGAAUGUGAAAGGACAUUGCACAGGGAAAGUGUAAUAUCUGUCUAGAGGUUGACACAGCCUUUUGUAAAGAGUAGGAAGAAGUCGUGUAGAAUAAUAGUUACUCUUCUUUUACAUGAGGAGGUUCUGUGGUGUGACAUCCACAAUCUAUAUUCUUAUAUUUUGGCAAUUUGAUUUUUUAAACUCUCAUAUGACUUUUUAAACAUGAUUCCUUCGAAGAAAUCCUGUUUUCCCCCUCCAUUUAUAUUUUUUCUUUAAAAACACUUAUUUCAAGAGAGCAGGAAAAGAGCUUAUUUACUAUCACGUCUGGAAGCUCCCUCAGCAAGCACCAGGGCAUCAGCUAUAAUGUGAGCUUCAUACGGACGGGGUUGGCCAAGAAAGGGCAUUGUUUUCAAAUGCAAACAUGGCUUUGCACCCCCUGCCCUAGCAGGUCUUUUCUCCUCCCUGUGCUUCCCGAUAGGUGCCCUCGCUGUGAGCUGGUGCUGUGGCCGGUGCUGGUGCCUGAGCUGGGGUGGGGAGUCCCCGUGAGUCCAGGGCUGGCCAACAUCUGAUCAGGUUCCCCACACACUGAGGCGGUGGGGUGCUACCUGGCACAGAGGCUUCCUCUGCAGCACCCCUGGCUCUUGAUUCUGGGAUUAAGUCACUAAUCACAAAUGAUUAAAGUGAUGAGGGCUUCAUCCACCGCCACCCCUACACACAGAACUUUGGGAUGCAAGGGAGAGACCGUGCCGUGGGCAGCCCUGCACCUGGUCCUGGAGACACCGGGCACGCGUGGUUCUGGGCUCUGGCCUGGAUGUUAGCCAAAGCACAGGCACAGCAGAAGGUGGAGCAGAGGGCCCUUCUCUAGGAGAUCUUUGCCUUUCUGACACCUUCUUACACACGCCUCCCGCCCACGGGGGCUCCUGGCUCCCGCCAGGCGUGCACAGAGCCUCAGUACCGCCCUGCAAUGCGGGCCCCCCUUCCCUGUACCCAGGCACCUGGUAACUAGGGGACCACCGAUCUUUGCCUGGCUGGCCUUGAAAAGAAGGAAUUCAAUUUCUUGCAGGCCACCCAGGAAGCUAUGAGUUGCAAUAUACAACACUGAUUGUAAAAGCUAAAUUUUAAAAAUGUAGAGCUAUUUUGUUAUACUUUGGAACUAAACGAAGUGCCAAAUUAAGCCCGACAUUCACUUCCUCCAUCUCUGGGGCACCACGUUCCUCUGUCCUCACUUGGUGGAGGGCGGAGGGAGGUGGGUGGGAAGGGGUGUCCCAGGGCCAGGCGGGGUCCAUCCAUCACAGGGACAAGUGCUGCUCAGCCCCCCUGCCCCGCCCCCCCCGGCCCCCCCCCUCCCGCCACGCUGUCCCUGGCCCCUCAAGGGCGCGGCCACCUGCAGUGAGCAGAGAGCGCCUUCCUUCUGAGCCAGGGGUCCGCCUCUGGUCGCAGCCCAUGACCUCCCUCCCAGACUCUGUAGGGAAGCGGGCGGGCGGCAGCUUUCGCUGGAGAGUGCUUAGGGAAGAGCGGCAGGACUGGCACAGCUGGAGCAGAACGCUGAGAGCAGCAGCAAAAAACUACACUAAUGUUCAUUCCUCAGGGAAAGCUAAGGGCGUGUGAAAGAGCUGGGGGAGCGGAAGGCUGGGAAGACUGGUUACCACUAGAUCUUCUAGUCAGAAAAGUUGGGGUGUUUUAGGACAUGCUAUCAUUUCGAGACAAAUUUACAUGAAUUUACACUUUUGGAGGCGGGGACACUGGGGGAAGGGGAGAGUGUUUCUCAGUGGCUGAGCUGCAUGGAGGGCCGGCCUGGAUGGCUUUCUCCCAGGGUCAACACGAGAUGGCCUUGGCGUCCCUCCGCCUCCACCCGGAGGGCUGGCUCUGGGCUGUGAGCCGAAGCCGCGGGAAAGCUGGGCGUCUUGCUGCGCUGGAGGGCGAGGGGCGAUCUUCCCGGACUUUUCUGGACAAGGUGCUGCUUUUUCUCAUGAUCCUGUAGAAUUUCUCUCCACCACGUCACCUGCCGUGCUGAGGGCAGGGGUGGGAGGAAGUUCCUAGCACGUAAAUGGUGCAGACACAGAGGCUUCUCUGGCGGGAAUGAGCGUGGGGACCAUUUUGGAAAAUGCACUGGGCACACAGGGCAACUGAAAAUUUUCUUUCUCUAAGAAAACUACCCUCCCGGCCCCACAGGUCUCCCUGCUCCUCCCGCUCCUCGGGCCUGUGGGGUCCUCCCUGUGGAAAUUGUCUCCUUGUGUCUGUUUCCGUUGUGACUGGUCAAACCGCAAGCCAGGAAAGCAAUGAGGUUAGCACGCAGUGCUAACUGUAUCCCCAAGCCAGCAAAAAAAAAUAUACGAUGUGUUUCAUUGUGACUGACUUUGAAAAAAGCCCAUAUUCAUUGGCCUAGAGCAGCGAUUUUCAACCUUCUUCACCUCACAGCACAGAGACUAAUUAUGAAAAUUCUGCAGCACACCAAAUAUAUGUUUGUUGAUUUGACCAAAAAAAUAAGUAUAAUUUUAAUUCAUUGACACCAGAUGGCUAUUGUUGUGCUGGCUGCUGUCAUUUUUUAUCUGACAAUCUAAGGGAGAAGAGGCCAGUGCCCUGACCAAACAGUCAGGUAUUGCACGUUUUAACAAUUCUUGCAGCUCACUAGUUGGAAAUCGCUGGUCUGGAUGCUUUAGAAGUUGUAUUGAUCACAGGACCAGCAAUCAAAGUGGGUUCUGAUUUGUAAAUAGAUCCCUUUUUUAUAAGACAA